AUGCAUCAGGUGUGGCUCUUCUCCAUGGCACAGUGUGUGCUCUCAGCAUCUGUGAUUGGCUUGAACGUUAGGUUGUGUAUGCUCUUAGGAUCAGACAGCCAUGUUAAGAGUGUUUCGUCUUGUCUAAAGCUCUGUUUGGGCUGGGUGGGAGCUAUCGGGGGUGCCAUGGACAUUCCAGUUAAUAUGCUGCUGAACCUGAGGAGCACCCAGUGCUUGUACACGUGCAUCAUGCUGGUGUGCUUCCCCUUGCUGGUCAGACAGUUCACUGUGUGGCUGCUGGUGCUUCUCACCCUCAACACACACCUACACUGCCGAUUAGGCCACAGGUAUGCAGGUUUGGUAACACGUCGGCGGAUGCUAUGCCUGGUGCUUCUCACCUGGAUUUGCUCUGUUGUAACUGCCUUCUCACAGUUUAUCGUGGGCAACUCAGUGGACACCUGGGGCAUGGAUGAGUUGGGAUUUAUCUGGCCCAAUCAGACUAUACAUAAGCCCCAACCUCACCCCAAACCUCAAUCAGUGAUUGGCAAGUACCUUCCUUAUGGUGGAUUCCUGUCCAAGUUCCUGAUGGAAGACCUGAACAACCUCACCUAUGCAGAAAUUCAUGGCAGCCACUGGGGUGUCUGUGCUCAUGACACAGUUCUCAGCCCAACAUUUUUGGUCUAUGUCUAUGAUGUUGCUGUUCUUUUUAUUCCCCUACUCAUUCUACUGGGCUUAUAUGUAGAUAUUAGCUGUGUGAUGUCACGACAGACUAUGAUGAGUCUCUCUGAGCUCCAGAUGAAAACCUCAGGCUGGUCCCGCUCUCUAGUUCUGUCCUUAUGUCUCCUGGUUCUCCUGUGCCUUCCAGUACACACCAUCCAUGCUUUGCAUCUCUUUGCCCCCAGCAGUCAGUGGCCUCUUUGGGCAAAUUAUAUGGCCUCUAUUCUCUUCCAGACUUAUGGUUUGGUUCCUCCAGUCCUUUUUAUUUUUUCUCCUAAAAAAGCAACUUCAGGUUGCGAAUCUCUGGCUCUAAAAACAGCAAGGCCUAUUCCUCCAAAACCCUUGAAGUUCUGUUUACCUGAGCCAAUGCCAAAAGGCAAAACACAUCAACGGGUGAUGCCAUUAUGUUGGUUUUCACAAAAUCCAAAUGCAUUUCAUUGUUCUGAAUGA